GUCGCCGUUUUGGCUCAGGGUUCUAACUUGCCCUGGAGCUAGAGCGUUGUCGCAGCCGACAGGGAAGCCCAGGGCCCCCGUGCCUGCAGGAUCGACUUUCACGACCCCUGCGGGAGCGCGUGCGCCGCAGGACCUUUUUCUCGAGCCGCGGCACUUUGCUCGCGGCAUUCGUUCCGAUGGCCUCCAUUGAUCAAAAGAUGGACAGGCUACUGGCAAACAUGGGCGAGAUGCUAACCAGGGUCAACAGUCAUAACAAGGCAAUGGAGCAGGUCACAUCCGACAUGGCAUCCCUCAAUAACGACGUAAGCCAGAAUCUGAAAUGGCACGACGACCAGUUCGAGCAUAUCCAAAUACAUAUUGCAGCCAGGAGGUCGAUGCGUGACAACGACGACGACGCCGCGAUGACCAACCGCCACCUCUCCAUAGGCCUCCGCGGAGCACAGCAGGCGGAUCGUUUCGUUAAGGCGGAGGAGUCCAUCGCCGAGCUGAAGACUACAGUCGCGUCAUUCUCACCUGCCCCAUCGAUCACUUCGAGUCGAUCUGCUGGAUGGGAACCAUAUCAGGCACAUGGCCAUAUCGUUGCGUGGGGCUCCCCAUAUGUACAUUUAUUCGCAUGGACCUGUCCGCCGUCAGGGUCUAGACGCAAGAGCUUUCGAAUCUAAGCGGGCUUGAAUUGUGACGGUCUGGUCAUUAAUGUAACUUCGAGCGGAUAGGAACGUGCAUGAGUCUCGGUAGUUCG